AAAGAUGCUCUGGGCAGAGGCCGGGCGGGGGGAGUGCACAUGGGUAACAGGCCACUGCUGCACUGUCAUCGAGUGACAGUUGUCAGUCAGGCCGCCGAUUGAGCCGCAAGAACCGGCUUUGUAAAUUCCACGCAGAGAGUGAAACUAGCCUGGAGAUAAUGACCGGUCCGCAGAAAGAUGCCAGGAUGGGCUUCAUCAUUCUGAUCACCCACAUCAACAUGGUUCUUUAUUCCACUUGCUUCUGGAUCCAGAACGGAGUCAUGCCGUAUUUGUCGAAGAGGUUGGGGAUGGAUACGGUCAUGUUUGGUUACCUACAGACAACGUUUGCUAUUAUCCAACUCCUGGGAGGACCCCUGUUUGGCAGGUUUGGCGACUUAUUUGGAGGUCGAGCUGCCCUCUCACUCGCAUACCUCUCCUCUGGCCUUACCUAUGUUUUGAUGGGACUCUCAACGAGUGUGUCGCUACUUUUCCUUUCCCGAUUGCCCUCCGUAUUCAUGCACGGGAUGCAAGCUGCUCAGAUGGUUGUGACUGACCUGUCUUCUGAAUCAGAAAGGGCUGGAGCACUUGGGAAACUUGGUAUUUCAUACGGGCUGGGAAUGAUAGUUGGUUCUUCUGCUGGAGGUUUGCUGAUCUCCAAAUUUGGGGAGUCAUUUGCCGCCUACAUAGCAGCAGUUGGAUCUCUUGUGAACACCAUUAUAGUGAUGAAAUACAUCCCAGAGCAUACCAAAUCCUUGACGCAGGAAAAUAAGCCAGAAUUGACUUCCAGCAGGAGCAUCUUCAAUGUGAACAAAUUCUUCAGACUGCUGAGCAUCCCUGGAGCUGCAGAAAUACUUGCCAUUAAAACCAUCACUGCACUGCCCAUGGGAGUGUUCCAGAGUAUGUUUUCAGUUGUUGCUAUGAAUUAUUUCAAACUGGAAGCAGAGUACAACGGCUACCUCAUGGCUUAUGUUGGUGUUCUGCAAAUGAUUAUGCAGGGGCUGGUGGUUGGACGGCUGACUGAGAAAUUCGGAGAGAGAAACCUGCUUCCUUGGUCUAUCCUGGUGAUUUGUCUGGUGGGUUUGGCCACGGCAUUGAUGAGCAACAUAUUCCAUUUCUGCCUAAUUUGCAUCCCUAUGUCGUUAGGAAUAUCUGCAUUCUACCUCACCACAAAUAGCAUCUUAACCAAAAUCGUUCCUCCUGCAGACACUGGUGCGAUGCUUGGGAUGAAUAUGUCUGUUCACUCUCUCAUUCGUUCAGUGUCUCCAACCAUUGGAGGAUUCCUAUACCAGUUAUACGGGUACCCAUCCUUCGGUUAUCUGCAGUUUGUAAUCAAUUUGCUCGUCUUCUUCUACGUCUUUCGGAAGAUCUACAAUUAAAAACGCCAGGCUGCCAUCAACUCUAGGAAGACUCUUGCAACGAGGCAACCUACAGACAUAAAAGAUGGCUUUCAGGUCCAGAACAUCAAUAGAUUAAGAGAAUUGCAGUAAAUAUAAAUCUGAUUUAUGAAUAAUUUCAACACUAAGUGCUUCAGCUGUUUGGUACCAGAGGCAAAGGGAGAUACUGUGUUAAUGGACUCACAACAUGGCCAGUUCUCAAUUUGAGUUGUGAAGAUCAAUGCUGAAAAGUUCUAAGGUUUCUGCUAAUCAGAUGUAUUAGCCACAAACAUUAGUAUUCAACUGAUACAUGCAGGAAGUCAAUAAUCAAAAACAUGAAAGAUAUUAUACAUUACAGAAAUUGUUAGUAUGUUUACGUAGAAUUACAUUAGCUACAAGGUAGCCACAUUGUUGCUUUUGUGCUGUAACUUUAUAUCUGCUCCUCUUCAUCUGAGGCAAUCCUUCGGCAUUGAGGAAGACUUGCUUCCCUCCAGUAAUGUGGAUUCUGAGGUGGCUGAGGAGAGCCUGGCAUAGGGUGGAGUAGGAGGAGCGUGAUGGGGAAGGUGGCCUGGAAAGAUGGGAGGUGGUGCACCUCUUCAGUCAUAUACACUGGGUUUUGAAUGCUCCUAUUGAAUGGAUUCAAGAUUCUCAAAGUCACCCUGAAUGCUCCUUCUCCAUCUGUUGAUCAUAGAUCACCACCAUUAAUUAGCUGCCCAGGCCCAAAUCAGGCCAGUUGCCAAGGGAAUGCGACUUAGUGCUGCCUCAACCGGCCUGAUUUUGGCCUGGGAGAGGACUUGUGGGAGGGGGCCGGUAAGGUGGCCUGAUUUCUGCCAAAUAAUAUAAUGAUUGCGCUACUGAUCAAAUACUAGAGAUUAUAAAUUCAUCUCCAUCAAGCCAAGUUAUGAAAAUAAAAUAUCUAUGUGCUAGCAAUAAAAAAGCUAAAAGCACUGAAUUAAAUACUGAAAAUACUAUACAGGUUCAACACAUCAGGUAGUGAGAGAAAGGAGAAAUGUAGUUUAGAGAUACAACAUUCAGCCCACAGAGUCCAUGCCAACCAUCGAUCACCUGUUCACACUAGUUUUCUUUAUGUUAUCCCACUUUCCCAUUCACUCCAUACACACUAGGGGCAAUUUAUAGAGGACAAUUAACCUACAAACCCGCAAGUCUUUGUGAUCUGGGAGGAAACUGGGACACCCGGAAGAAACCCACGUGGUCACUGGGAGAAAAUGCAAACUGCACAAAGACAGCAUCCGUGUUCAGGAUCGAAUCCGGGUCUCUGGCAUUGUCAGGCCAGCAGCUCUACCAGCUGCACCACUGUGCCGCCCGUUUAAUGUUAGAUUAACUUUAGAAGCCUUUGUAAGAUCAGUCUGAAGAAUGGCCCCAACUCAAAAUGUCACCUGUCCAUUUCCCUCUACAAAUACUGCCUCCAGCGAUGUGUUUUUUUGUCAUUUGGGUAGGAAUUGUGGAAGGCCGGGUUGUAAAACUCUGGCUGGUUCUCUGCUGGCCACUACAAACACUACCUGGUUAGGCUGACAUUUAACUACUGAACAUUACAAGACCACCAAAAGGCAGCCCAAAAUUGCCUGUCCCAAAUCAAAAUUGAACUAUUACAAUAAAUUAAAAACAAAAGCAGAUCGAGUUAAACUCGUGUAAAAAGAUGGUCAAAAAUAAUUGUGCUGUGAACAAGUGUGUCAGAUGCUUUCACAGAAGUCCUAGAAUAUAAAAAUCUCAAUUUUUUACA